AUGAGCGCCAUUCUUUCGGCCGAUGACUUGAAUGACUUCAUAUCUCCUGGUGUCGCGUGUAUAAAGCCCAUAGAAACAAUACCUGUACAGCAAACAGAGAAUGCAAAUGCUUACGAGGUCACCACCGAAGAGAAGGCCGCUGCCUCGGAACCGCCACCGCCUGCCUCGAUAUCGCUUACAGAUUGUCUCGCAUGUUCCGGAUGCGUGACUAGUGCGGAAGCAGUCUUGGUGUCACUGCAAUCGCAUACCGAAGUCCUUAGCACGCUGGAUACACAUCCGUCAUUGCGCGCACCAUGGCUGGCACCCAGCGGGAACAACGGGGUCGUGAACGGAAAUACGACUAACGGUGCAACUAACGGUGUGAAGGGAAGUCAUGCUGAGGGAAAGCUGUUUGUGGCGAGCGUCUCACCGCAGGCGCGCGCGAGUCUCGCAGCCGUCUUCAAUGUCUCCGAGGCAGAGGCUGGAAACAUGAUCUCGCAGCUCCUUAGCGGACCCUCUGGCUUGAGGGAUGGGGGACAGCAGGGAAGCGACUUUAUUUGGGUCAUCGACACCAAUGCCAUGCGCGAAGCCUGCCUUGUUGCAGCAGCAGACGAAGUCACGAAAGCGCUGGCCCUCGAAGCAGCCAAGGCGUCGCCAAAGCCCGGGUCCGAGGGCGCAAUCGAUAUCACGCCGAAAGCACCCAUCCUCACAUCGGCGUGCCCAGGCUGGAUAUGCUACGCCGAAAAGACACAUCCAUAUGUUCUACCACACCUCUCGCGUCUCAAGUCUCCCCAGGCGCUUACUGGCACCUUGAUCAAGUCGGUUCUCAGCGAACGCUACAACGUACCCCCGUCGCAGAUAUGGCAUCUCGCAAUUAUGCCGUGCUUCGACAAGAAGCUUGAAGCGAGUCGCGGCGAGCUUACGUCUGCCGCCUGGCUACCCAGCCACGACUCAACGCAAGAAAAAAUACGAGACACAGACUGUGUGAUUACGGCUCGAGAACUACUACAUCUUGCUGCCGCCCGCGGUAUCAACUUUGCUAGUCUUCCCCGAACAUCGCUCCCUUCGGCGGACCGAACGCCAUUUCCCGACUCAAAGCUCGAUGCUUUCCUUUUCCCUCCAUCACGUCGGAAGAACCAAAGCGCACUCGCCGGACCCUCUGGCGGAUACCUAUAUCACAUACUACAAACGUACCAAGCGCAGAACCCGGGAUCGACGAUAUCUGUGGCGAGAGGGCGGAAUGCGGACGUGGUCGAAUAUUCGGUCGUGCGUGACUCUGAAACCAUAAUCAAGGCGGCGCGCUUUUACGGAUUCCGGAAUAUCCAGAACUUGGUACGGCGACUGAAGCCUGCAAAGGCUAGUCGGCUACCCGGUGGCAAAACGGGUGUUAGUAGAAGGCCGGGAGGGGCCGGUGCGGCUAUAGGCGAAGGCGUAAAGAACUAUGCCUAUGUGGAAGUCAUGGCUUGUCCCGGCGGGUGCACAAACGGCGGUGGACAAGUCAAGGUUCAAGAAGUGGAAGAAGUGCGCGUCUACGAAGGCAUCCAACAAGCGAAUGAAGAUGCACCCGUACCAAAACCCGGGCCCAAAGAGCAGAAAGAGUGGCUGGCAAGGGUCGACGAUGCCUACUUUUCGGGCACGGAUUCAGAAGAAGACGAAAAGACCAACAGUGUCGAAGAUCGGGGCACUAAGCCUGUCACUACAAGUGGCCAAGCCGAUCAAGAUAUCGUAGAUGGCAUAUUGAGAUCCCGUAUCAAGGAUGUCAUAGCACAUUGGUCGAGUAUCACGGGCGUAGAUCAACAGAAACUGAUCUACACGUCCUACAUCAAGGUCGAGAGCAAUGUUGGGAAGAAGAAGCAAAGUGAUAUGGAAAGAGUCGCUGGCCUAGCUGUUACCGUAGGAGGUGGAUGGUAGUAGCACUCUCCUUUUUUCUUUCUUAUUGUCCUCGUUACUAUCACUAUCAUCGGCAUGCAUGGGCAUUGGGUUGGGCGUUUGAUAGAUAUGUCACGAUAGAAAUAUGACUACGUACAGUACAGUACAAACUGCUAGUCAAAUAAUUCGGUAAAAAUCAUAUCUUCAAGUCAAAAUCU